AUGGGUCACUACGGACUCGAAUCGAAAGAUGGCAGGGACAUUGUCAUUGUUAUAGUUGUUCUGGGAUGGGUUUCAUUCUUCUCUACAAUCCUUCGGCUUGCAUCUCGGAAAAUGAGGAAGAUCAACUUCGGGCUGGAUGACUAUCUCAUGUUGAUUGCGAUGUCCAUGGUGAUCGUAUCGUCGAUAGUUGUUAUCUUAACUGUCACAAAAGGAGGUGUGGGACUUCAUGCGAUUACUAUAGAAGAAGCAGGAGGGUUGGGACCACACACCACUUAUGUCCCUUUUCCAGAUAUCGAGUUUGUGCUGAAGAUGAUUAUCGUCUGUCAAGCACUCUACGGAGUAGGUCUCGCCCUUGUCAAAACCUCGAUGAUGGUCCUCUACUACAAGCUUUUCGGCUCGAAGCCGAGUAUGCGAAUUGCUAUCUACGUGACAGGUGCUAUUGUAUGGGCCUGGGCACUGAGUAUUGUUCUGGAGUCUUUUCUUAUUUGCCGACCGAUCGAGUUUAACUGGAACCCAACGCUGCCGGGCGGCAAAUGCGGAAAUCGGAAUGCUGCCUUUGUGGUAGCCGGGGUCUUGAACAUGGUCACCGACUUGAUGGUCAUGUCACUGCCAGUCCCGUAUAUCUGGACGUUACAGCUACCGAUUGGCCGAAGAGUUGGUUUGAUCGCAGCAUUCUUGCUAGGACUCUUCGUCAGCGCCAUUAGCAUGGUCCGCGUGGUCAGCCUCAUGCAUAUCAGUUUCGCCGAUGUGACAUAUACCUUGCCCCUUCCUUUGAUGUGGAGUAUUGUCGAAGAGCAACUCGCCAUCGUCGCUGUCAAUCUGCCCCUCCUCCGUCGUGUUUUGUCUUCGGUACUUCCUGCAAACUGGCUGGGUUCAUCAGGACGUGAGAUGGCCUCGAGUUCGAGAAGGGCUGGUGGCAGACGGAAAUCUACCCAAAACUAUUCUCUUACUCGCAUGGACGUGGGUACCAACAACAGUGAAAUUAUAUCGGAGAGGACGAAGCCCAAAGGUCAGAAUAUCCAGACAACUAGGUGGAGUGACGACGAUAUAGAUGGACAGUCAGAUACUGAGUUGGCGUCGAACGGAGCAACUCCUGAUGGAAUUCAAAUGUGGAAAGACUUUCGGGUAGAAUCCACAAGAUGA